AUGGUGGGCAGUCACCGCAUUGCUGGGUCAUCCCCGGUGACCACCAGAGACCUGGGCUGCCCACCUGUUGGCAAGGGCACUGGCCCUUCUGCUUCUGGAGAGGGACUGCUGUGCCAUUCUUGGGACCUGGGCGGGCUGUGUCCUGUGACAAAGCCAGGCCUCUUGGGCCUGCAGUGUUCUAGCAGUGUCUCCAGCGCUGUGUCCUGUGGCGGGCCCCUUGUGCCCAGCUUCUGCAGGGCAGUGGAUGGUGACAGUGCUGUGGACUUGACCAGCUCCUGGCUGACGGGUGUGGACCUGCUUCACAAGCGACCCAAGGGUCGCACACCACAGGGAGGCUGCGGCCUAGGCAGCCGGAAGCUGCUGCUGCACUUGCUGACACCUCAGCCAGCAGAUCUCCUGAAGGUUCUAGAUUUUCACAACUUGCCCGAUGGCAUCACGAAGACCACAGGCUUCUGCGCCACACGACGCUCUGCCAAAGGCCCAGACGUUGCCUACCGAGUGACCAAGGAGGCCCAGCUCAGCGCGCCCACCAAGCAGCUGUACCCGGCAUCUGCAUUUCCUGAGGACUUCUCUAUCCUGACCACUGUGAAAGCCAGGAAAGGCAGCCAGGCCUUCCUGGUCUCCAUCUACAAUGAGCAGGGUAUCCAGCAGGUUGGCCUGGAGAUGGGCCGCUCCCCAGUCUUCCUCUAUGAGGACCACAUGGGAAAGCCUGGGCCUGAAGAUUACCCCCUCUUUCGGGGUAUCAACCUGUCAGAUGGCAAGUGGCACAGAAUUGCUCUCAGCGUCCACAAGAAGAACGUCACCUUGAUCCUUGACUGUAAGAAGAAGAUCACCAAGUUCCUGGACCGCAGCGACCACCCCAUGGUCGAUGUCAACGGAAUCAUUGUGUUCGGCACCCGCAUCCUGGAUGAGGAGGUGUUUGAGGGUGACAUCCAGCAGCUGCUGUUCGUGUCCGACCACCGGGCUGCUUACGACUACUGCGAGCACUACAGCCCCGACUGCGACACUGCUGUCCCCGACACCCCUCAGUCUCAGGACCCCAACCCAGAUGACUACUACCCAGAAGGAGAGGGUGAAGGCGGCGAGGCGUACUACUACGAAUACCCCUACUAUGAAGACCCCGAAGACCCGGGGAAGGAGCUCACGCCCACCAAGAAGCCAGUGGAAGCCGCGAGGGAGACUACGGAGAUUCCUGAGGAGCUGACCCAGCCCCCCACGGAAGCCCCGACUGUGCCCGAGAUGAGCAACAGGGCUGGGAAGGAGGAAGACCCCGGCAUCGGGGAUUAUGACUACGUGCCCAUCGAUGACUACUACACCCCUUCCCCAUAUGAGGACCUCAACUACGGCGAGGGCGUGGAGAGCCCCGAGGGGCCCCUCGACCCCGACGCAGGGCCCGAGGUCCCCACCAGCACCACCGUCGCCUCCAAUGGCUCCAACCCAGCCCCACCUCCUGGGGAAGGGAAGGAUGACCAGGAGGGCGAGUUUACCGAGGAAACCAUCAAGAAUCUAGAUGAGAACUACUAUGACCCUUACUAUGACCCUGACCAUGACUCCAGCACCAACCCAUCAGAGAUCGGGCCGGGCAUGCCAGCGAACCAGGACACCAUCUUCGAAGGGAUUGGAGGACCACGAGGUGAGAAAGGCCAAAAGGGAGAACCGGCGAUCAUCGAGCCAGGCAUGCUCAUCGAGGGGCCGCCUGGCCCGGAAGGCCCUGCUGGCCUUCCGGGACCUCCAGGAACCACGGGUCCCACUGGCCAAGUGGGUGACCCAGGAGAAAGGGGUCCCCCAGGACGUCCAGGUCUCCCCGGGGCUGACGGCCUGCCUGGCCCUCCUGGGACCAUGCUCAUGCUGCCGUUCCGGUUUGGAGGAGGCGGCGAUGCGGGCUCCAAGGGCCCCAUGGUUUCUGCUCAGGAGUCACAGGCCCAGGCCAUCCUCCAGCAGGCCAGGUUGGCGCUGAGAGGACCAGCCGGCCCGAUGGGGCUCACAGGGAGACCCGGCCCCAUGGGUCCUCCUGGGAGUGGAGGUUUGAAGGGCGAGCCCGGAGACAUGGGGCCGCAGGGUCCCCGAGGUGUGCAAGGUCCGCCUGGCCCAGCAGGGAAGCCCGGAAGACGGGGUCGUGCUGGGAGUGAUGGAGCCAGAGGCAUGCCUGGACAGACGGGUCCCAAGGGUGACCGUGGCUUUGACGGCCUGGCGGGGUUGCCAGGAGAAAAGGGCCACAGGGGUGACCCUGGCCCCUCCGGUCCUCCAGGACCUCCAGGAGAUGAUGGAGAAAGGGGUGAUGAUGGAGAAGUCGGGCCCAGGGGGCUGCCUGGGGAGCCGGGGCCACGAGGUCUGCUUGGGCCAAAGGGGCCCCCGGGGCCACCUGGACCUCCAGGAGUGACGGGAAUGGAUGGUCAACCAGGUCCCAAAGGAAACGUGGGUCCCCAGGGUGAGCCCGGCCCCCCAGGACAGCAGGGCAAUCCUGGUGCCCAGGGUUUGCCAGGGCCCCAGGGUGCCAUCGGUCCUCCAGGAGAAAAGGGUCCUUUGGGCAAACCAGGCCUCCCAGGCAUGCCCGGUGCCGACGGACCUCCGGGACACCCUGGCAAAGAAGGCCCUCCAGGAGAGAAAGGAGGACAGGGUCCUCCUGGCCCUCAGGGCCCCAUAGGCUACCCAGGCCCUCGUGGAGUCAAGGGAGCAGAUGGCAUCCGAGGUCUGAAGGGCACCAAGGGCGAGAAGGGUGAAGAUGGCUUCCCUGGGUUCAAAGGCGACAUGGGCAUCAAGGGUGACCGAGGCGAGAUCGGCCCACCUGGUCCCAGGGGAGAAGAUGGCCCUGAAGGCCCCAAGGGCCGUGGAGGUCCCAAUGGUGAUCCUGGUCCCUUGGGGCCCACCGGGGAAAAGGGCAAGCUUGGAGUCCCAGGAUUACCCGGAUACCCAGGAAGACAGGGGCCAAAGGGCUCUAUUGGAUUCCCUGGAUUUCCUGGUGCCAACGGAGAGAAGGGCGGCCGGGGGACACCCGGAAAGCCUGGACCGCGGGGACAGCGAGGCCCGACGGGUCCAAGGGGUGAAAGAGGCCCACGGGGCAUUACAGGGAAGCCUGGCCCCAAGGGCAACUCUGGAGGCGAUGGCCCGGCCGGACCUCCCGGGGAGCGGGGACCCAGCGGACCCCAAGGCCCCACAGGUUUCCCUGGCCCCAAAGGCCCCCCGGGCCCUCCCGGCAAGGAUGGGCUCCCCGGACACCCUGGACAGAGAGGCGAGACGGGUUUCCAGGGCAAGACGGGCCCACCGGGUCCUCCAGGCGUGGUUGGCCCUCAGGGUCCCACGGGAGAGACGGGUCCGAUGGGCGAGCGUGGCCAUCCGGGGCCUCCAGGUCCCCCUGGUGAACAGGGUCUCCCUGGCGUUGCUGGGAAAGAAGGGACAAAGGGUGACCCAGGCCCCGCCGGCCUCCCCGGGAAAGAUGGCCCUCCAGGAUUGCGUGGCUUCCCUGGGGACCGAGGGCUCCCUGGUCCUGUGGGAGCUCUGGGACUGAAAGGCAGCGAAGGCCCCCCGGGACCCCCAGGCCCUGCGGGAUCUCCCGGGGAGAGGGGUCCGGCCGGUGCGGCUGGCCCCAUCGGAAUUCCAGGGAGACCCGGACCCCAGGGACCACCAGGGCCUGCUGGAGAGAAAGGAGCUCCUGGCGAGAAAGGCCCACAAGGCCCGGCUGGUCGCGAUGGCCUCCAGGGUCCCGUGGGGCUUCCUGGUCCGGCUGGCCCUGUGGGUCCCCCCGGAGAGGACGGGGACAAGGGAGAGAUCGGGGAGCCGGGGCAGAAAGGAAGCAAAGGGGACAAGGGUGAGCAGGGUCCCCCCGGGCCUACAGGUCCUCAAGGCCCCAUUGGACAGCCAGGCCCCUCGGGAGCCGACGGCGAGCCCGGCCCACGAGGCCAGCAAGGCCUCUUUGGGCAGAAGGGAGAUGAAGGUUCCAGAGGCUUCCCCGGGCCACCAGGACCGGUGGGGCUACAGGGCUUGCCCGGGCCUCCAGGAGAAAAGGGUGAGACAGGAGACGUGGGCCAGAUGGGCCCUCCCGGUCCCCCUGGCCCCCGAGGACCGUCCGGAGCCCCAGGUGCUGAUGGGCCUCAGGGUCCUCCUGGCGGCGUGGGAAAUCCUGGAGCAGUGGGAGAGAAGGGGGAGCCCGGUGAAGGAGGAGAGCCCGGCCUUCCAGGGGAAGGAGGCCCCCCGGGACCCAAAGGAGAAAGGGGGGAGAAGGGCGAGGCCGGCCCCUCUGGUGCUGCUGGACCCCCUGGGCCCAAAGGCCCCCCCGGAGAUGACGGCCCCAAAGGCAGCCCCGGCCCAGUGGGUUUUCCUGGAGACCCUGGCCCUCCUGGGGAGCCUGGCCCCGCGGGUCAGGAUGGUCCCCCUGGUGACAAAGGAGACGAUGGUGAGCCCGGACAGACGGGAUCCCCGGGCCCGACUGGCGAGCCUGGUCCCUCAGGGCCUCCAGGAAAGCGGGGUCCCCCGGGCCCCGCAGGCCCUGAAGGCAGACAGGGAGAGAAAGGGGCCAAGGGAGAAGCGGGCUUGGAAGGCCCUCCUGGGAAGACAGGUCCCAUCGGCCCCCAGGGGGCUCCUGGGAAGCCCGGGCCUGACGGCCUGCGAGGGAUCCCUGGCCCUGUGGGUGAACAAGGUCUCCCAGGAUCCCCAGGUCCAGAUGGUCCGCCUGGCCCCAUGGGUCCCCCAGGACUCCCCGGCCUCAAAGGAGAUUCUGGUCCCAAAGGUGAAAAGGGUCAUCCAGGCUUGAUUGGACUCAUCGGACCUCCAGGCGAGCAGGGUGAAAAGGGCGACCGCGGUCUCCCCGGCCCCCAAGGUUCAUCUGGGCCCAAGGGAGAGCAGGGUAUCACUGGUCCUUCUGGCCCACUUGGCCCCCCAGGGCCCCCUGGUUUGCCGGGCCCACCAGGUCCAAAAGGUGCUAAAGGCUCUUCGGGUCCGACCGGCCCGAAGGGAGAAACAGGCCACCCCGGGCUCCCUGGUCCUCCCGGCCCACCGGGUGAAGUCAUCCAGCCGCUGCCCAUGCAGGCCUCCAGGACUCGGCGGAACAUCGACGCCAGCCAGCUGCUGGAUGAUGGGGCUGGGGAGAACUACAUGGACUACGCGGACGGCAUGGAGGAGAUCUUCGGCUCACUCAACUCUCUGAAGCUGGAGAUUGAGCAGAUGAAGCGGCCGCUGGGCACCCAGCAGAACCCCGCCCGCACCUGCAAAGACCUGCAGCUCUGCCACCCCGACUUCCCGGACGGUGAAUACUGGGUCGAUCCCAACCAAGGGUGCUCCAGGGACUCCUUCAAAGUCUACUGCAACUUCACCGCCGGAGGGGCCACGUGUGUCUUCCCUGACAAGAAGUCGGAGGGGAGUAAAAUGGCCCGCUGGCCCAAAGAGCAGCCUUCCACCUGGUACAGUCAGUACAAACGAGGGGCCCUGCUUUCCUACGUGGAUGCCGAGGGCAACCCCGUGGGCGUGGUGCAGAUGACAUUCCUGCGGCUGCUGAGCGCCUCCGCCCAGCAGAAUGUCACCUACAACUGCUACCAGUCGGUGGCCUGGCAGGAUGCAGCCACGGGCACUUAUGACAAGGCCAUCCGCUUCCUGGGCUCCAACGACGAGGAGAUGUCCCAUGACAACAGCCCCUACAUCCGUGCCCUGGUGGACGGCUGCGCUACCAAGAAAGGCUAUCAGAAGACGGUACUGGAGAUCGACACCCCCAAGGUGGAGCAAGUGCCCAUCGUGGACAUCAUGUUCAACGACUUUGGCGAAGCGUCACAGAAAUUUGGAUUUGAAGUGGGGCCGGCUUGCUUCCUGGGCUAGGAGCCGCCGCACCCCGGUCUCCCCAGCAACCUCGUGACCUCAGCACGCCGCUUAUGAGUGUCCUGCGCACGGCCAUCCCAGGCAGCCACAGCCUGAUCCUGCGCCCAGAGGCACCGCGCAGCGCUGGACCCCACGCCCAGAGAGCAGAGGGAAAGAGCCGCGUCCCCCCCGAGCCGAAUCACAUGACCUAGCCACAGCACAGCCUCUUGGUGACGCCCCACAACCCAUCAAUCUGUCUACACCCCAUGCCAUCAGGAAGGGAGCGGGCCCCACACCCUCUCUGCCUCCCCCAGCCAGCAUCAUUGACCACUGACCGACGGUGUGCACGGACCCUUUGCAGGGGGCAGGGGUGGGGCUGCGGUAUUUGAAUAUCCCUUUUAUAAAAUCCAACUUGAAGAUGUGCAUUUCCCCUGACCUUCAAGAGAUGUUCCGAGGCAGGCUGGUAAAGGUCGCCCGAGCCUCUGAUCUAACAACCCUCAACACAAUCCAUUUCGAGGCCAAAUGUCAUUCUGCGUGUGCCUUUCCGAUGGAUUAAAGGUGCUUAUGUUUUGUGUG